CUGCUUCCCCAGUGCUGGGAUUAAAGUUUUGUACUACUAUACCCUGAAAACACUUAUUUAUUUUUUAUUUUUUUUAAUUUUGUUUCUAAAGGCAUGAUUGAGUUCAUCAAGUAUUAUUUACUUAUUUUAACAUUUUUAUGAUUUAUUUUUGUGUAUUGCCUGCAUGUGAAUAUGGAGAUUUGCCUAAGGAGGCCAGAGAGUGUAGGUUCCUUGAAGCUGGAGUCUGGGGCAAUUGUAAGCUGCCUGCUGUGGGUGCUGGAUUUGAACUCCCAAGAAUAUGUUCUCUUAACCACUAAGCUCUUUCUCCAGGCUUCAAACAUUGAUUUUUAAAUAGGUAUUCAUCUUCAGUGCAAAUGCUGAGUCCUUCAGGAGUAUUGCCUCCUUUUUAAUGAUCUUAUUGUAGAAACAAACGAUAUUUCCCUUCACACUUGACUUCAGAACAAAACUUCCUGGGUUUCUCUCUGCCAAACACGUGACUAUGUAUACUGCUUAACAAGUAAGGUGGUACUUCUCUGUUGGCUUUUCUACAAUUUUCCCGUCCUCCUACCCACCCUCAGAGAUGUUUUGGAUUUUACAUUUCCGAAUAAAAAAAGUAUCUAACACAUAUAAUUCCUAAGUUCCUUCUGCUCCUACCUAGUUAGCAUUUGUGAGUUGUCAGGAACAGUCUAGAAGACACUAAGUUUAACUAUAUGAGUUCCCCCAAAAACUAGAAAAUUAAGCAAGAUGUUUAGUUGAUUGUUUUUUUUUUUUUUAUACUCUCAUAUGUUCACACACACACACACACACAAAAUCACUUAAAGGCAAAAGAGAUCAUCAAGGAACAUGCAAGGAAUUUAAAGUGGUUAAAUUCAGACCUAUUACAGAAUUUUUACAAAAUAAAACACUUUCAUACUACCAUCAGAACACUGAUUUUCGUUACUCGGAAGAAUUCCUCUAGCUUUUCCACUCUAAAGUCUUGACAAUCCUUGACCUUCCCGCUCAGCCAGAACCUGGGCCAGGCGCGGCUGCGCGAAGUGCGCCGUCGCCAUGGUAACCGCGGAAGCCUGGGCCCUGGGUGAGGUAUUUUUGGAGUUAAUGGAGCCAGAAGAAGCUCUAGAAUCAGAGAGUUCAGAAAAGUCACUAUUUUCCUCACGGCAUGACUAUGAAGAAUCCCAAGAAGCAGAUGAAACAGGCACCGAGAACCCCCUCCUGCAGCCGACUCUCACCGGGGACGUAGAAGGUUUACAGAAGAUUUUUGAGGAUCCUGAAAAUCCUCACCAUGAGAAUGCUGUGCAGCUGCUUUUGGAAGAAGACAUUGUUGGGAGAAAUCUGCUGUAUGCAGCUUGCAUGGCUGGCAAAAGUGAUGUAAUUAGAGCUUUGGCAAAGUAUGGGGUGAAUCUGAAUGAGAAAACUGCCAGAGGGUACACACUCUUACACUGCGCUGCAGCCUGGGGCCGCCUGGAAACUUUGAAGGCCCUGGUGGAACUGGAUGUUGAUAUAGAGGCUUUGAACUUCCGGGGAGAGAAAGCUCGAGACGUUGCUGCUCGCUAUUCUCAGGCCGAAUGUGUUCAUUUUCUGGACCGGGCAGAUGCAAGGCUGAUUCUGAAAAAAUUUAUUACAAAAUCCUCUCUCAUCAUUACUGACCCAGAAAAGACACCAGGGAAACUCUUCAAGGAAGAUAAGAAUGCCAUCCUCAACGCAUGCCGCAUGAAAAAUGAGUGGUUGGAAAGCCACCCGGAGGCCUCCAUCAGUGAGCUUUUUGUGCAGAAACAACAACUGGAAGACAUUGUUUCCCCAAUCAUAGCAAAAAUGUCUACACCACAAUCUGCUUCUUUCAGGUCAAGUGAAAAGUGCCAGAUCAGUAAUUUAAGCCAUGGUCAGCAGAGACGUCAUGGAUGUACCUUCUACAGAUGCCACAUGGUGUAGGAGGCUACAUUACGUUUCUGUGUUACAUAAGAACAAACCUGUUCCUGCCAAAUUCAAGAAAUAGAUCCGGGGUUUUGCAGAAAUGUCUGGGUACAAAUGCAGUCACCUGGCUUUGUGUUAGACUGGCCAGAAUACUCACGACUGGCUCAGGGGCUGGGCCUCAGCUCCCCCAAACACUGCUCCUCCUGAGUCCUCCAAGCACCGCUCCUCCUGAGUCCUCUAAGCACAGCGCUUUUGAGAGUUUCCGCGUUCCUUCAGAAGUUAAUAGUUUUCUGUGUAACUGAAGCAAUAAAUUUCUACUUGACUAGGGAAUUCCAUUUUUAAAAGACGCAUUAAGCCAUUUGUAAAAGAAAAGUACUGUUUCCUCUCUUUCAAAAAGCAAAUACUAAGAAUUGUUUGGGGUUUUAGCCGUCUGAAUUAAAGUUCACCUGGAAAGGUGGGAUAUAGUUUCUGAGAAAAGCUCACAAAUCUGUCUCUUUUCCCCUCUUGGGGGUUUGGUAAUGUACUGUAAUAGACACCAGUCUCUUUUACAUUGCCUGUGUUUUAAAGUCAUGGUUACGGAAAGGGUCUUCAGAAAGUACUUUGCUAGUCAAGUCAAGUCAGGACCCUGAACUUCCUAAUACUUUGUGACUUUCUGGGGAAGCUUUUAUAAAAAAUAAUAAUAUAUAUAUUUAAAAAGGGAGAGAAUCUUUUUAUCACUUUCUCCUCUUUGUCUUGCUAUGCAAACUAUUUUUCACUUUAGAGGGUAAAAAAAACAAGGGAGCCAUUCAGUCAUACUCGUCAGGCGAUGUUCUCUUGGUUACAGUAUUGAGGCCAUCUUAUUUUAAAUGUUUCCCCAAAUUUCCAUGUUUUCUUUCUACAAGCAAUUACCAUUUGGCUUCCUUCAGCAGAAACACGAACACUAGGCCUACUCUGUGACACCGGAGUGUUCACCGCUUACGGGAGGCAGAGACCUGUGCGGCCCUUUUAGAAUGGUAUCUUUCAAGAUACUUGGUGCACAUCAGCACUGAGAUCACUAGAAAGAGCCUAGGUGUCUGUAGGGUUGGGGGUUGUUCUCAUUUUUAUUCUGUCACAUUCUCUGAGCCUUGAUCAUGAAUACAAUGAUGUUUUCUAGGCCUUUGCUCCUUAUAAGUAGGAAGGGAGUCUGAAAACUCAUUUUUAUUCCCAGGUAAGACAGAGCAUUCUUAACAACCUAUUAGAAUAACUUCUCUCUCCCUCUUUGCCUCACAAUCUUUGUCCUCAGCCAUUUUAUAGUCUUUGAUACACUUGCUAACACAGUAUUUGUACAGUCCCUUGAAUUGGCACCUUUAUACCAACUUUCUUAAAAUCUCCUUUUCUAACUCCCCACCAGCUUCUCUUCUUCUUGACCCUCAUUGUCAGAACCUCUCAGGAUUCAAUUCUGGUUCUUGGUGGGACACUGGUUCUUCCUCAUCCCAUGACCACUCCUCAUUCUGUGUCCUGUGUAACAAAGCCUCAUUCUGUGUCCUGUGCAAUGAAGCCUCAUUCUGUGUCUGUAACAAAGCCUCAUUCUGUGUCUGUGCAAUGAAGUCUCAUUCUGUGUCCUGUGCAAUGAAGUCCCAUUCUGUGUCUGUAACGAAACCUCUUUCUGUGUCCUGUGUAAUUAAUUGCAUGCUUCUCUCUCCAUGUGAAUGAAUAUGGAUCUUUAUGAAAGGACCUUUUGUUGUGGCCUUCCUCAUCCCUAAAGACAUUGUAAAAUAGUAAGUUGGUAGAUAAAAGUUGAAUUGACUCACUUAGUAUUACCUUACUCCCAGUACCUAGCACUGCUUAGUACUUCCUAGUACUCUUUGAACUCAUCCCCUCUUCAUUCAUUCAUAGAGCUUGAUUGCCAUUAUAGAAAUGCUACCAACCUUAGCUUAUGCCCUGCUAAUGUCAGUGUGCCACUGGAAUACCUACUCCUUCAACAGACAAGCCAUACACACAGCAAACACUGUGGCUCUUUGUCUGCCCUCUCCCCAACUGUGUGUUCCUUAAACUUUGGUCUUGAAUGUCAUGGACGUGGUGAUUCCCCUGGGAUUCAUGGAUCUUAUUUCAGAGACUCCUUUUAUGCGGGGUCUUAUAUCUGUGUAUGUGUACCUUCUGUUUUGUGAGAGGCGAUGUCAAUUAUUACCUAUUGUUGCACUGACUUGUAGGUAGAUCAGUAGGAGAUUUAGAUGCUCUUAUGCUGUGAGUUUGAUGUUAUUUCAUUAGCUGCAUGGUGUUUUCUGAUCUUGCAUUGAUUAGUUACUUUUUAAAAGUAUGAGCCAACAGUUCAGGAAUGCCUCCACAGUAUUCAAAAGGGAGGCAAUUUAAUGUUAUGAUCAGUUCUAGGUGGUAGUUCUUUAGAUUUUAUGUUUCAUUGGUCAUAAAAAUGUAAAAAAAAUGUAAAGGUACGAUAUUAAUAUAACUAUUAAAAUAACAACUGCUGCCUGUUAUCACUGUCAUGUAACAAAAGAUGUUUUAACUCCAAAAAGUAGGGGGCUAUGUGGUGACAGUAUGAACUGAAUAAACUAAAUGUUGUUAUAGAACUUUAUGUUAGAUGUACUCUUCUCAUUUUGCCUCGUAUGAUAGAACUUUUAUCAUACACCAGAACUGACCUAGUGUCUAACUUUCGACAUCUACCACUGUAGAUGUCAAACUGGCAUUUGUUUUAACAUUAAACCUUGUAAGAGGCUGGCAGUUCCUCUGGUGUUCAUCUAAUAUGCAGCAGACUGACAUUUAUUUUAACAUUAAACAUUGUAAAAGGUUGACAUCUAGUGUUCAUCUCAUAUGCAGUAGCUCAUAUUGUACAGGCGAAGUAGUAACCCCCCAUUUCACACACUCCUCUUACUGUGUGGUCCUACCAUUUCUAGCAUAGCAAUGCCAGUUUCUGGUCUCUCUUGAAUCCAGGGAGCCCAUGACUGUAGUUGAAAAUGGUCCUGUGUCAUUUCCAGUGCUAGGUUAUAAGAGGUUGGUUUGGCUUCUGCCUCAGUCUCUUAAGAUCCUGCCCUAGAAGCCAGUCUGUGGGGAGUCCAGCAAGGGAAGGAACUGUUGCUCAAGCCUGCAGCGCUGGCUGUGCUCUGCCCAGCUUAGCCAUUGCUCUCAACCUGCCCAGAUCAUGCAGUCAUCUUGGAAGUGAAUUCUCCAAUCAAGCCCCUGUUUGAUGUUAUGUGGAAUGGAGACACACUUUCUCUGCCAAGUUCUACCAAAAUCAUGAGCUUCUGAGAUAAAUAAAUGUUUUUGUUUUAAGCUA